AUCUAGAGACAGAAAAAAAAUAACUGUAAUACCCAACAUGGCUCUAAGGAGAAUCUUUCUUCUUCUUAAACAUACGCGAAGAAUUAAAAAAUAAACUGUCACUUUCGCCUUUUUCGCGGAGUACUGAAGUGUUUUUUUUUUUGGGAAAUUCAUUGGAAAUUCAUUUAGAUUUUUUACUUUUACUGUUGACAUACACAAUGAGCGACGAAAAGUCUUCUGAAGAAGUAUCACAGCAGGAAUUGUCUAGUGUAACAGAGAAUUCAAAAGUCGACAGUGAUCAGAAAGAAAAUGGGGACUCUGUAAAAACGGACAAAGUUAAGAUUGACAUUUUACUAAAAGCGACAGGCAAUGCGCCUAUUAUGAAGAAGAAGAAAUGGGCAGUAGAUGCUGAAAAACCAAUAGGCUGGAUUAUGGAAUUUGUGAAGAAAUAUCUCAAGCUAGAACCUGACGAAAAGUUGUUCCUGUACGUAAACCAAACAUUUGCACCGUCACCAGAUCAGAUAGUAAAGAAUCUGUAUGACUGUUUUGGGACCGACGGCAAGCUAGUCCUCCAUUACUGCAAGAGUCAGGCAUGGGGCUGACUUCAAUUACGUUUCAAUAUUAAUCAUAGGCUCUGUCAUAAACGGUCAAAAGUAAGAGUAUUGGAUAAUGGAUGAUACAAAUACUGUGUUAAUCGCAGAUACAUAAAGUGCUAGAUGUAAAAUACAGGUCAAAUUGAUAACCGCCUUUUUUGAAUUUGGUUAAUUAAUUAACUUGUGAAUUCAUUUUAUAAUGAGUAAUAAUGCCCACUGAUGGGGGAAGGGGGCCUGUCAUACGUCUAAAAAUAUAAAAAGAGAAAUUCAUAAAUUAUUAUCAGCGGGCUUAGCGCCGUAAGCGCGCGACUGUUUCUCGUCUCGACAUACGUCACCAGUCACUCUCUCACAGUACUGCACAGAAAGAGACAGACGAUCUCUGUCGCGGCGAGAAAGAGUCGCGUGCUUUCGGUGCUAGGCCCGCAGGUAUAACUUAUUAAACAAAUCUGAGUUAUUAAACUGCUUAUGGUCUGUCUAUAGCAUGUUUAGACACAAAAAAGCAAUAAUAAUUUUAACAAAUAUGGGACACAUGCAACACAUGUUUUCAUACAUGUCAAACUUUUAAUCUAUUUCACUCAUUACAGACAGAAGAAGAGCAAAACUUAUAAAUUGUAAAAAUGUACAUUUGUUUUAAGUAUACUAGUCAUGUAAUAAUUAUUUUAGUGCUACUGGCUGUUUGAUACAGAUAAGGCAUUAGAUGUUUCUCUCCUGUGCUCUUACAAUUGCUUAUAUGAAGUUGUAUUAUUCAUUGCAAAGUAUCAACACUACUGAAAUGCUGAUAAGCAGCACUCUGAAAUUCCUGUUGUAAUUAGGUUUGUUGCUAAAAGGACCUCUCGGAUUCAUUGGCUGCAAGAAUUUGAAUCUGAAGAAUUUUGUAUGAUUUGUAUUGAAUUUUGCAAAUGCAUUUGUAAAUGUGAUAAACAUGUAAAACUUUGUAUUUAUAGAAAUAUAACUUGUAAGGAAA